CCCAGGCCAGGCGGCUCCCGCACACACACCUCCAUUCAGCCCAGCCCCGCCCCUCGAGGGGGCCUCCGGGCUGGGAGGCUGGGCGGGCAGUGAGCUUGAUAAGACCUGGGCCCCGCUGGCCCCGCAACCGCGCCGCUGCUGGCCCCGCAACCGCGCCGCUGCUGCCCACGCCACCAGAACCAUGAGGGUGACCUGUGGCCCCAGCCCUGUGCUCUGUGGCUUGCUGCUGCUGCUCCAGGCCCCCCACACACUUGGUCUCGCCCCCCUGUCCAGAGGGCCCCUCUGCCGGACCCGGCCCACGGACCUGGUGUUCGUGGUGGACAGCUCACGCAGCGUGCGGCCCGUGGAGUUUGAGAAGGUGAAGGUGUUCCUGUCCCAGGUCAUCGAGUCGCUGGAUGUGGGGCCCAAUGCCACCCGCGUGGGCCUGGUCAACUACGCCAGCUCCGUGAAGCAGGAGUUCCCGCUGAGGGCACACAGCUCCAAGGCUGCGCUGCUGCAGGCGGUGCGCCGCAUCCAGCCGCUGUCCACGGGCACCAUGACGGGUCUGGCCAUCCACUUCGCCAUCACGAAGGCCUUAAGUGAUGCCGAGGGUGGUCGCCCCAGGUCCCCCGACAUCAGUAAGGUGGUCAUCGUGGUGACGGACGGGAGACCCCAGGACAGCGUGAGGGACGUGUCUGCACGGGCCCGGGCCAGCGGCAUUGAGCUGUUCGCCAUCGGCGUGGGCCGCGUGGACAAGGCCACGCUGCAGCAGAUCGCUAGCGAGCCGCAGGACGAGCACGUCGACUACGUGGAGAGCUACAGCGUCAUCGAGAAGCUGUCCAAGAAGUUCCAGGAGGCCUUCUGCUUGGUGUCAGAUCUGUGUGCCACGGGGGACCACGACUGUGAGCAGGUGUGCCUCAGCUCCCCGGGCUCCUACACCUGCGCCUGCCGUGAGGGGUUCACCCUGAACAGUGAUGGCAAGACCUGCAAUGUCUGCAGUGGUGGCGGUGGCAGUUUGGCUACUGACCUGGUCUUCCUCAUUGAUGGAUCCAAGAGUGUGCGGCCAGAGAACUUUGAGCUGGUGAAGAAGUUCAUCAACCAGAUCGUGGACACGUUGGAUGUGUCGGACAAGCUGGCCCAGGUGGGGCUGGUGCAGUACUCAAGCUCGGUGCGCCAGGAGUUCCCGCUGGGCCGCUUCCACACCAAGAAGGACAUCAAGGCCGCUGUGCGGAACAUGUCCUACAUGGAGAAGGGGACCAUGACCGGGGCUGCCCUCAAGUACCUCAUCGAUAAUUCCUUCACUGUGUCCAGCGGGGCUAGGCCUGGUGCCCAGAAGGUGGGCGUUGUCUUCACUGAUGGCCGGAGCCAGGACUACAUUAAUGAUGCUGCCAAGAAAGCCAAGGACCUUGGCUUUAAGAUGUUUGCUGUGGGUGUGGGCAACGCCGUGGAGGAUGAGCUGAGGGAAAUUGCCUCGGAGCCCGUGGCAGAGCACUAUUUUUACACGGCUGACUACAAGACCAUCAACCAGAUUGGCAAGAAGUUGCAGAAGAAAAUCUGUGUGGAGGAAGACCCGUGCGCCUGUGAGUCCAUCGUGAAAUUUCAGAGCAAAGUGGAGGGUCUGUUGCAGGCCCUGACCAGGAAGCUGGAAGCUGUGAGUAAGCGCCUGGCCAUCCUGGAGAACAGAAUCGUCUAAGGCCACCUGUCCCCCAUGGCCUCUCCAUCUCCUUGUCCCAAAUGCAGCUCACAGAGUCCUGCGUGUGUCCCCUAGAGCCUGGGUUUAGUCUAGUUUUGCCAUUUCAGCGAGGGAGGCUUGGGAGGGGCGGGGCCCUGGGAUGCCAGGGGGCCCCCCUCCCUCUCCCACUGCUGCUCUGCGAGCCUGGGGGGAGUGUGUUUGAGUGUGCAUGUUUGGGAGCGCGUGUGUGUGUGACUGAGGGCGGUGUGUGUCUGGGAGCAUGAGUGAGAACACAGGGGUGAGUGUGGGAGGAACUGCGUUUGCUUUUUUUUUUAAUCAAAAGCUUAAUAUAUUCCUAUUUUUUUAGUUCACCCUUUCCUGAUGGCAAGUGCUGUGAACCUCUUUUCUGAUUUCUCUAUUCCCUCUUGAAAAACCAGUAAAUGUGAUUUAACUUAAGCACUGAA